AUGGCUACCCCUAGUGUCCUCGCUUUUGACGCUGAGGGUCGGGCCAUUGACUUUGAGGUCUGGGUAGACGACCUGCAGCUGUUCUUACAGUGCGAUAGGGCAGACGGCCUCUCUCUCUUUGACCUUACCUCUGGCGCUUCCCCUGCCCCUGCUGCUGAUGCUGACGCCACUGUUCGCUCCCAGUGGGCCACGCGCGACGCUGCUACACGUCUUGCUGUGCGUCGCCACCUCCCUACCUCCGAGCGUGCGCACUUUAGUCAGUACAAGAGUGCUCAGACCUUGUACGACGCUGUAGUCGCGCGCUACUCCUCCCCUGCCACUGCUGCACUGAGCCGUCUCAUGCUACCGUACCUCUUCCCUGACCUUGCUGCCUUUCCCACCGUGGCUGACCUCAUAACGCACCUCCGCACUGCAGUGACACUCGCUACCGCGCUGCUCUCCCUGCUGACUUCUGCGCCAAGAACCCCCCCCCCAUUGCGGCGUCUGCCCGUAGCGGGAGACGCCGCCCUGGCAAGGGCAAGGGGGGCAAGGGAGCUGGAGGAGCGGGCGGUGGAGGUGGAGGUGGAGGCGGUGGGGGUAGUGGGGGUGGCGGUGGGAGUGGAGGUGCGGGUGGGGGGGUCGGUGGCGGCGGUGGAGGCGAAGGCGGCGGCGGCGGUGGCGGUGGGAGCGGAGGUGGCGGAGGAGGCGGCGGUGGAGGCGGCGGUGGAGGCGGCGGUGGAGGCGGCGGCAGUAGCGGAGGCGGCGGAGGCGGUGGGGGUGGCGGUGGAGCUGGUCGCGGGCCUUCGCAGAGGAGUGGCUCCGCGGGGUGGGGGUUUUGGUCCGUGCACCUACGUCCUGCGCACCGGCGACCGUGCGGGUGAGCAGUGUGGGGGUCCGCACCCCACCCAGCGCUGCUUUGGCCGCCUGACGGACGCGUGGCGUCACCAGUUCCCGGAGGCCUCAGAGAUUCCUCGCUGGGGCGAGCUGUCUAGGGCGGGUGUUGCCAUCUUUGAUCUUGACUUUGAUGCUAUUCUCUCUGCCAUGUAUGCUGUGUCUCAUAGUGAUGAGGGUGACUGCUACCGCUGUUUCCCGCCCGAUCCGGGCAUUGAGGCUGCUGCCCUAGGUGCUUGCGACGCUGCUGCUCUAGGUGCUAGUGUGUCUGCGUCCUCAGGUACUGUCCUCCCGUGUCCGGCGGCUCCUACUGGCACCCUGUCUGGUCUCUACCUCCCCUCGUUCUCGACAAACCUGGUGAGUGGUGCUGACCUACAGGAUGGGGGAGUACACCAGUUCACUCCUGCGCGUCAGCGGGUGACGCACUGCACAGAGGCUAGCACAGGCCGGCACCUCGCUACGUUUACCCGUCAGCCGGGGUCGAGCCUGUACACACUGACCACUGCGUCUCCUCCCGUUACUGAGCCUGGUAGAGUCGCUUUGUCUGGUCAGGUGUUUGCUGCAGCGUCUAGGUCUGGUCCUGAGUCUGCCCCCUGUUCGUGUCGUCUCUUGUCUCAUGAGACUCUCCUCUUGCACCACCGUCUUGGUCACCCCUCUCUGCUUCGGCUCAGAGGCAUGGCCUCCCGUCUUCUUGUGUCUGGUCUCCCCCGGUCCCUCCCUCCCCUUCCUCAGGGCCCUGGCCCUGCCUGUGUCCCCUGUGUCGAGGGGCGCCAGCGGGCUGCCCCUCACUCCUCCCAGUUUCCUCCGACAGAGGCCCCGUUGCAGACGCUUCACAUGGACGUGUGGGGCCCGGCCCGCGUCCGUGGACAGGGCGGAGAGUUCUCCUCUGGCCUACUGCGAGCCUACUGUCGCGCACGAGGCAUCCGACAGACCUUCACGCUUCCGGACUCACCGCAGCAAAAUGGGAUUGCUGAGCGCCGCAUUGGCAUGGUCAUGGACGUCGCUCGUACGUCUAUGAUGCAUGCGGCUGCCCCCCAUUUUCUGUGGCCGUUUGCGGUCAGGUACGCGGCGCAUCAGAUCAACCUCAACCCCAGGGUCUCCAGGCCAGAGACCUCCCCAGCCUUACUAUGGAUGGGGAAGGUUGGCGAUGCGUCGGCGUUCCGGGCCUGGGGAUCUCGGGCGUUUGUCCGCGACUUGUCUGCGGACAAGCUGUCCCCUCGUGCUGCUCCUUGCGUCUUCCUGGGGUUCCCCCCUGACGCGCCUGGGUGGCAGUUCUACCACCCCACCUCUCGACGUGUUCUGUCCUCCCAGGACGUCACGUUUGACGAGUCGGUCCCCUACUACCGCCUCGUCCCCUACCGCACUCCGUCCCUCCCCCCACCCCCGCUCUUUCUUGUACCAGGUCCCCCCCAGGUAGACUCCCUCCCCCCUCAGGGUCCUGCCCCUUCAGGUGUGUCCCAGGUAGACGCAGUCGAGCCUGUCGAGGUCACUGGUGACUCUGGUGCUGCUGGGGGUGCUGAGCCUGGGGGUGCUGGACCUGGGGGUGCGGAGUCUGGGGGUGCUGAGCCUGGGGGUGCUGAGCUUGGGGGUGCUACGCCUAGGGUUGCUGAGCCUGGAGGUGCUACGCCUGGGGGUGCUGAGCCUGGAGGUGCUACGCCUGGGGGUGCUGAGAGUGGAGGUGCUUCGCCUCGAGGUUCUCCGGGUGCUUCUUCUCGCCGGGAGCCACUCUCUCCACAGGAGCUGCGCGAGUGGUUUGCCCGGCGCUGGCGCCGUACUGCUGGUGCAGGAGGUUCUUCGGCUGCUGAGGGUGCUGCGGUCGCGGGUCCCGGAGGUGCUCGUACUGGGAGUACUGGAGCUACUGGGCCUACGGGUUCGACUGGAGCUGGUGCUACUGAGGGUGUUGGCGCUGAGACUCCCGCUGGCGGUCCUACUCGGGGUGCUCCUGGUGCUGCUGGAGGUGCUGCUGGAGUGGGUAAUUCUGCUGAGGGUACUGGUGCUGUCCCUGCUGCUUCUGGCGUUGUCACGCGGCCUCGACCGUACUUUGUUCCACUCCUGCAGCAGGUUCUUGGUCUUCCUCCUUCUACUGGUCCUCCUCCUCCCUCAGAGUGUCCAGAGCCUGUCCCGUCACAGUCACAGCUACAGCGUGCCUCCCCUCUGCCUGCUCCUUCUCCCUACGCUCGUCCUACUGGAGGUCUUACUGAGCGUCGUGAGCCUGCGUCCCGUCCUGCGUCGCCUGUUAGAGCUGCUCGUGCUAGUGGUCGCGGUUCGCGCCAGCGUCCUCCUCCUAUCCCUGGCACGCACCGGAUGUCUCUGCGUCCGUCUACUACUCUUCUGCGUGCCCCUUUGCCUUCCCCUCCUGAGUCCUCUCUUCCUGCACUUGCCGACCUUGAGUCGGACUCUCUUCGUGCUGCCAGUCCUACUGUCACGCGUCUCCUUGCUACUGUUAUCACUGACCCUUCUUUCGAGUCUACUGCUGCGUCUGCUCUCGUUACUGAGCUCGUCGACUUUGCUGCUCGCUGUCGCUUAGACUACGCUGCUAGUCUUGUCGCUGAGUCUGAGUCUGUCUGUCCUCCGUCCGUCGGGGGUGAGUGUGCCCUUGGCACGGACGUCCUUGAGGACAGGCAGGAGGAGUUCCAGUGUCUGGCAGCUGCUUCACCUCAUCUCGUGUCCGUACUGCUUACCCCUGAAGGAGACCCAGAUGCACUUGACAUCCCGACUCCGCGCUCUUACGCGGAGGCGAUAGAGGGUCCCUACUCCUCUCAGUGGCAGGCAGCUAUAGAUGCAGAGAUGGCUUCCUGGAAGUCCACAGACACCUACGUUGACGCUGUCCCCCCUCCUGGGGCGAACAUCGUCAGUGGCAUGUGGAUCUUCAGGGUGAAGAGGCCGCCGGGCUCUCCGCGUGUCUUCAAGGCGCGUUACGUGGCUCCUGGCUUCAGUCAGCGGCAGGGAGUCGAGUACAUUCAGACCUUCUCCCCCACCCCGAAGAUGACCACUCUUCGGGUACUGCUGCACGUUGCUGCUCACCGUGACUACGAGCCGCACUCUCUUGACUUCAGCACAGCUUUCUUGCAGGGCAGCCUGCACGAGGAGAUCUUGCUGCGUCGCCCACCUGGCUUCACUGGGUCUUUCCCUCCUGGUACCCAGUGGAGUCUCCGGCGUCUAGUCUACGGUCUCCGCCAGGCGCCACGUGAGUGGCACGACACACUGAGGACUACGCUUGCGGCUCUUGGGUUUGCUCCUUCUACUGCCUACCCGUCGCUGUUUCUGCGCACCGACACCUCUCUGCCGCCGUUCUACAUCCUCGUGUACGUCGACGACUUGGUCUUUGCCACAGCUGACACUGCUGGACUCGCCUACGUGAAGUCCGAACUGCAGAAGAGACACACGUGCACAGAACUGGGUGAACUGCGCAGCUACCUUGGCUUGCAGAUCACCCGGGACAGAGCACGCCACACCAUUACCCUGACUCAGUCACACAUGGUGCAGCAGGUCCUUCAGCACUUCGGCUUCACGUACUCCUCGCCUCAGGCCACUCCUCUGUCUACUCGCCACUCGCUCUCAGCUCUGCCUUCGGAUGAGUCCGUAGAUUCGAGUGGCCCGUACCCAGAGCUUGUUGGCUGCCUCAUGUACCUGAUGACCUGCACACGACCUGACCUUGCAUACCCUCUUAGCAUUCUCGCACGCUAUGUUGCUCCUGGGAGACACCGACCAGAGCACAUGGCUGCAGCGAAGAGGGUGUUGCGCUACCUGUGCAGUACGUUGGGCAUGGGGCUAGUGCUUGGAGGGCGGAGUCCAGUGGUCCUCACUGGGCACGCGGACGCGUCUUGGGCUGACGACCAGGCUACGCAGCGGUCGUCACAGGGUUACACCUUCAGCCUUGGUUCCGGCUCUGUUUCGUGGCGGGCUACUCGCUCGUCUUCUGUUCUUGGCUCCAGUUGUGUGGCUGAGAUCUACGCCGGGGCCAUGGCUGCACAGGAGCUUCGCUGGCUCACCUACCUGCUGACUGACUUUGGAGAGCCGCCUCGUUCUCCUCCAGUCCUGUACGUAGACAACAAGGCCAUGCUGGCCUUGUGUGGAGAGCAGCGACUGGAGCACAGAACGAAGCACAUUGCUCUCCGCUACUUCCUUGCUCGUGAGCUACAGCAGCGUGGACAGUUGCGGCUUGCGUACGUGGCCUCUGAGGCCAACACUGCUGAUGUCUUCACCAAGGCACUUCCGCCUUGUGAUCAUCAGCGCUUCUGCACUCAGCUGGGUCUUGUGCCCGUCUUGCCUCACUUGCUCUCCUCUUGA